CGUGCAGAGUUCAGAUCUACCACCAAAAAUCUCACUCGCCCAUCCCAUGAAGACGUAACGUUAUAUCAAGAGCGCGCACAGCCCACUACAGUCUCAUGCGAUCUGGAGAGCGAAUUUAGUUUCUGUUUUACGAGUAUCCGUGAACCCACACACAGCCUGCGAUGCUUGAGCUUACACGAUUAUUGAUUUGUUAAUAAUGCGCACGGUUUUAUGCACAUUUAAAUACGUGAUUGUUUCAUUUAUGGUCGCUUGUUAGAAAAGGUAAUAAGGUGCGUUAUAUUGCGGAGGCGCUGAUAUUGAUCUCUUUUCAUCUAACGUUAUUUGCGUUUGUGAUCGAGCAGGAGGGAGGAGUGGCGGUGACAACGACUGGCUCCUGAAUUCGGAAUCCUGCCUAAAAUCCACAAAGAUGCUAUAUCUGCCAGUGUUAUCCAUGAGCUCAGAUCUACAGCAUUACAGUUUCAGGAUGCCGAAUAUAGGGUUCCAGAACCUUCCCCUCAAUAUCUACAUUGUCGUCUUUGGGACGGCCAUUUUCGUCUUCAUCCUCAGCCUACUCUUCUGCUGCUACCUGAUUCGGUUACGGCACCAGGCUCACAAAGAGCUCUAUGCAUACAAGCAGGUUAUUCAAAAGGAAAAGGUCAAAGAAUUAAACUUGCAUGAGAUUUGUGCGGUGUGUUUGGAGGAAUUCAAGCAGAAAGAUGAGUUGGGAAUCUGCCCGUGUAAACAUGCCUUUCACAGAAAGUGCCUUAUUAAAUGGCUGGAGGUGAGGAAGGUUUGCCCGCUGUGCAACAUGCCUGUCUUGCAGCUGGCGCAGCAGCAGAGCAUGUCCGAAUCUGUGCCCCCAUCGCAGCAGCCUCUGCCCGGAGUGGAGAACCUGGUGUAGCCCCUCCUGUUUCUCCUAAAAAUCUGACCACCACUACCUUCACACUCACUCCUGUACAGGUACACAUUCAUAUCCAAGGACAGAGCGCAGGAUUUGUGCCUGGAGCCACGGUGACCUGUGACCUGCAUAUGUUCAUGUCCUGCCUCGGUGGCUUUACAAAGGAUUUUUUUUUUCUCCAAAUUACAAAAAUAGAUGACUUCCAGUGGGAUAAUGACAAAGAAUUGAGUUUACAUGGCCAAGCCAUGUUUAAAGUAACCGUUCCACACCAAAGCACUUUUUUGAGGACACCAGUGAGAGGCUAAUAAAAGACAAGGACUAAAAAAAAACAUAACAUUAAAACGCAUUAAGAAAAAAACUUUUUUUUUUUUAACUAAAGGUUGUUUUUUUUUUUUACUAGCACUUUACACAAAACUCAAUCCUAGUUGCUUGUUUUAUAUUUUAUGAUUUCAAACUUUUUUUUUAGAGCCACAGAGCAAACCAUUGCUUUUAUUUUCAUUAGAAAGGGUUACAUUUAUACUGUAUAUUAAAGGGACAGCAGCUCUCCAGUGUGUAUAUGUUUGUUUGCGUGAGUGUUUAUGUAUUAACAGUCAGUGGAAUGGCUGUUUCGGUAGAUACAAUUCAUUGUGACCUUUAGCUGGUGGCCAAAACAAAUGUGAACGCAGAGUAUGUCUUAUUAAGGUCAGGAUGUGACCUAACAGUAUUUGUCUGUGUUCUGUGGAUGUCUUUAUAUUUGAAAUGCUUUUUAACUGAGGGCUGUGUUAAGUACACACACACACACACACAUUUGUACCUUUUGGUUCAAGGCCAUAUUUGAUGCGAAUUUGUAACCAAAAAUCCUGGAGCAAAAUACACGUUAUUGUCUAAAUAGCAUAAACAUUACAUACUUUCAACAGCACUGUUGAGUAUUAUAUUUUCUUAGUUAUUACGUAUCUCCCAUGAAGCUCUGGUUCUAUGCAUUGCAGCCAGUGUGUGUGUGUGUGUGUGUGUCUGUGUGUGUUCAUACUGGCUCUCAUAUUGUGCUGCAUAGCUUUCUGAAAAUAUGCUUGGCAUAAAGCUCAGAUCUGUCUCCAACACAUAUUAAUGAAAGAAAUGGCCCAGAGGCAAAUCAAACAAGACAUGCAACAGAAACAAACUCAGAUUUGACCUGAAGUUGCAGACACAAUCUAGUAAUCAGUUCAGCACAGCACCGAAUCCUCAGCCAUUAAGAUCAAUGACCAGCAGGUGGAUUCAGUCAGCAGGGAAAGCCGUUCUUUAUUGUCUGUAAUAUAAUAGAAGCUCUGGCUCUUUCCUGCUCUAUUAUACAGCUAUUUUUCUAUAGGGUCAGGCUGGGUCUCUGUGCCCUCCAGGUUAAGCCAUUCUAGAAAGGAAAUAUGUACAUUAUUAGACAUAUGGGCUGGCCGCAACACCCGAAAUGAUGCCAGAUGUGAAAACUUCUUUUUGGUGCCAAGUAGAAUUAUCUGACACAAGUAAUGUUUUAUCGAAACCCAAACUAAAUCAGCACUGGUUUGGUUUAAAGUGCUGUCUGGUUAUGGACUACUCAUGCAUUGCCAAGAAAACUGUCCACCACGUUCUGCAAUGUGUCUUUGUGUUUUUAAGCUAGAUUCAGAUUGUGAAUUAAGUUGAGCUUAUAUAUUGUAUUUAUUUUUAUUUUUGUAUAUAAAUUGCAUUUGCUGAGGGUAUGAAGAAAUUAAAAUAAGUUUAUUUCUUUUUCUUUUCUUUUUUUUUUUUGGUACUGUCUUAACAAAGUGUAAAACACUGAGGGUUUCCUUUAGACUUGUAAUUCCUUAUCAUGGACAAAUAUUGUUGAGUCCUAAAUUAGGAUCUCUCCUUCAUCUCUUUGGUGUUUGUAACACAGCAGGUCUUAAAGACUCACUCUGAUCACGAAUGUAUGCAUAUAGAGAGCUGAGGUUCAUCCGUGUCAAUAUAAUGUGAAAGUAGUUAUGCCUAAAAUUAAGAAUUACAUCACUGCACUUUUUCAUAUUCUUCCAUUUUGGUGGUAUUUUAGCCUCUCCAUUGAGGCAGAACUGAAAUGGGGCAGAAAAAAAAUGCUUUCUUAUUUAUUGUGUGCUUGUUUAAAAUCCAUAACAUUUCAGUUGUACUUUCUAACAGCUCUAAGAUAGUGCUAAUGCAGAUUAGGGCAAGAAAAAAGGCUUUGUGGACAUCGUUACAAGCUAUUUCAAAAUCCAUAAUCAAUUUGAAAACAUCUAGAAAACCGGUCAAAUUAGUGUGUUUCUACAGGAGUGUUAGGUUACAUUUUUGCUUAAUAUAUUCAAACUAAUGUUUUCUACUGAUCAUUAUUGAGUGCCACAUCUUGUUGACCAAUUGUAUUUUGAAAAGGCAAAAUAAGGAUUUCAGAUCCAACUUUGCAACUUGUUUGUUCCGAGCAGGCUUUGUAGAGAUAAAGAUUUUAUUGUAAGUAAAGAAGGCUGUUUGGGAAGAUAUUGGCAGUAUUUCUUUUUUAAAGUAGUAGUUAUUUUAUUUAAUGUUUUCAAGAGUCACUAAGGCACAUGACAUCAUAAA